AAAUGUUUCAUAUAAAUAUAAAAGUUUGGUGUCAUUUUUAAAAUAUUAGUGAUAUAUAAUAUGCAAAUUGGAUUUGAUAUUCAUCUUCUGCGUAGUAAUUAAUAAAUAAUAAUAAUACAUAUAUUUGAAAAUAUAAACACCUCUUAAUAGAUUUCAAUACACACAAAUGAAAAGUGUUUUCAUUGAAUGAUGAAGCAGUUUCAGUGACUGUUUCAAAUCGGAAUAGUUUGGAUGUCCGGUAAAUUUUAGGAAUUAUUGAAAAAAUUUUAUGAAAUAUAACUUGUGCGCAAAAAGUGACUCAAAUUUUGGAUAAAAAGUAUAAUUGCCAUCAAUAAAAAUGUCAGAAAAGUCUCAAAAAUAUAAGUGGCUUUCUUUAGAAGAUCGUCAAGAAAUUUUGGAAAGUUUCAAGUUACAUGAAGAGAAGGGUAUUAAAAUAAAUUAUGCCGAAAUUGCGAGAAAAUACAACGUUACGCGGUCAACAAUUUUUAGAAUGAGAAAUAUUUCUCGUCUACAAUUGGAUAAUACUGUUCACGAAAAACGAAAAAAAAUGUCAAAAAUUUCGAUUCUUGAGGACGUGCUGUACGAAUGGUUUAAACAAAAAAGAGUAGCUGGACAAAUGAUAACAUCUCCAAUUUUGCAAGAAAAGGCAUUAUUAAUCAAUAAAGAAAUGGACGCUGAUCCCGAAUUCAAAGCCAGUAAAGGAUGGUUGACAAAUUUUAAAAAUAGGUAUAACAUUCGCUCUAUUACAAUGCAAGGAGAACAAUUGUCCGCUGAUUUUGAGAGCUCUGUCGAAUUUGUAGACGAUUUAGCAUUGGUAAUGCGCGAGGAAAAAUUUGAAUUACAUCAAGUGUAUAAUGCGGACGAGACUGGUCUUUUUUGGAAAAUGAUGCCUCGGGCAACCUUUGUCACCGAGUAUGAAAAUAAAGCUGAAGGCUCUAAAAUAUCUAAAGAACGCGUAACUGUCAUGGUUUGCGCGAAUGCUGAUGGCAGUCACAAAAUCCCUCUGUUUGUAAUUGGUAAAUCCAAAAAACCUAGGUGUUUCAAAGGCUUUAUUUCUUCCUCCAAAUGUAACUUCUCUUAUUCAACCUAUGGAUCAGGGAAUUAUAGCUAA